GUUCAGCAAUGUUGUUUCUUCAACAAUGCUUUUAAAUAAUAUAUUCCUUUUGCAUGUGGAAAAUGGAUUCUUUUCUUCAGAAUGUGGAGAUCUUUUGUAUGUUUUUUUUCGUAUGGGUGUAGGCAGUAGGCGUAUAGUGUUUAUUUUGGUAUCUUUGUGCCUUGUUGUGGAGGUGUUUGCGGUUGAUACUUUCUUUCGUUGUUACUAUAUCUUUAAACAAGGUUGGAAAGAUAGCAUCGCAUGUUGUUGAUUUCAACAGUAACAAUUUGUUAUCUAUUGUCUGUUCCUAAGAGAUGGACUCGGCUUGUAUUGCUCUGCUUCAAAAAAUUUCUGUUGUUUUAUUUGUCAUUGCGUUGUCUUGGAAGAUUAUUAGAUAUAUGUGCAGCUUACUGAAUGUAGAAAGGGAACCUGUGAGAGUACUGAUAACUGGUGCUGCAGGGCAAAUAGGCUAUGCUAUUGUCCCAAUGGUUGCAAGGGGGGUCAUGCUGGGCCCUGAUCAGCCAGUAAUUCUGCACAUGCUUGAUAUUGAACCUGCAGCUGAGGCCUUGAAAGGGGUGAAAAUGGAAUUGAUUGAUGCUGCCUUUCCUCUGCUCAAAGGAAUUAUUGCUACAACUGAUGUUGUUGAAGCGUGCAUGGGUGUCAAUAUUGCGGUAAUGGUUGGUGGAUUUCCUCGAAAGGAAGGUAUGGAGAGGAAGGAUGUGAUGUCCAGAAAUGUAUCAAUUUACAAAGCUCAGGCUUCAGCCUUGGAGAAGCAUGCUGCUCCAGAUUGCAAGGUGCUAGUGGUGGCAAAUCCAGCAAAUACCAACGCACUCAUCUUGAAAGAAUUUGCACCUUCAAUCCCACAGAAACACAUCACAUGCCUUACACGACUUGAUCAUAACAGAGCAUUGGGCCAAAUCUCACAAAGGCUAGAUGUUGAAGUUAGUGAUGUGAAAAAUGUCAUCAUCUGGGGAAAUCAUUCCUCAACUCAGUAUCCAGAUGUCAAUCACGCAACAGUCAAAACCAGCAGCGGAGAGAAGCCCGUCAGAGAACUUGUCGCUGAUGAUAAAUGGUUAAACGGUGAUUUCAUCACCACAGUUCAGCAACGAGGUGCAGCGAUUAUCAAAGCUCGAAAGCUAUCAAGUGCAUUAUCUGCUGCUAGUGCGGCUUGUGAUCAUAUACGUGAUUGGGUUCUUGGAACACCUAAGGGAACAUGGGUUUCUAUGGGAGUGUAUUCUGAUGGAUCAUAUGGGAUCCCGCCUGGUCUCAUUUACUCUUUCCCAGUUACAUGCGAGAAAGGAAAGUGGUCCAUUGUGCAAGGGCUUAAGAUUGACGAGUUUUCAAGGGGAAAGAUGGAUGCAACAGCGAAAGAGCUCAUGGAAGAGAAAUCAUUGGCUUAUUCAUGUCUCAAUUGACAAUUCCCUUAUUUUCAAUUUAGGAGAAUAAUGAGAGCGGCGUAGCACAUCCAACAAUAACAGAAUUAAGAGGGGACCAGUUUCCUUUGCUAAUUUAGACUAUAUUCAAUGUUCAAUAGACUUGAUUUGGCUUUUAGCCUAUCCAAUGCAAAUAAAUAUCAACUUGG